AUGUCCAUGAGAUCGUUGACCGCUAUACUCGGCAUACUACCGCUUGUCGGCUACGCACUCGCGGCCGACUGCGUAUUGAACCCCUUGGGAGACGGCCUGGAUGACACCGGACAAAUUCUGACCGCGAUCGAUGUGUGCGGCACGGAUGGGACAAUCACUCUCAACAAAGGCGAGUUCAACAUUACUCGGAAGAUGACCUGGAACUUGACACGCAGCAAGGUUGACAUGUUUGGGUAUCUUAGCUUCGUCCCGGACAUCGACUAUUGGCUUGAAGAGAACAGCACGUAUCGCGUCGUAUUCAUCCAAAGUCAAGCGUCUUGGUUUGUGGUGACUGGCUCGGACUUCAUCAUCGAUGCACACAACCAAGGCGGCAUAAUGGGGAAUGGACAACCUUGGUGGAACCACUUCGCGGUCGUCCCACGCCAUGACGGAGACGGGCGCCCCAUCGCGUUGACGGUAUACCGGGCAAAGAACGGCACUGUCAAGGACUUUCUUAUCAAUGAGCAGCCCUUCUGGUGCAACACGGUCGCAGAAUCCGACGGUGUCAUCUACGACGGGAUGCUCUGUAACGCGACCAACGCGAACUCGACGUACUUUGGGCGGAACAUUGUACAGAACACGGAUGGCAUCGAUACGUUCCGAAGCACCAAUGUUCAACUUCUGAACUGGGAUAUCACGAACGGAGACGACUGCAUCGCGAUCAAGGGUAACACCACGAACCUUUUCAUGAAUAACAUCACUUGCCGCGCAGGUGGUAUUGCCUUUGGAUCUCUUGGUCAGUACGAAAAUCUCACCGACAUCGUCGACAACGUCACCAUCAGCAACGUCUUCUCCACGCAUAUCAACGCAUCUUUCGAGCCCUCGAGGGGCAUCGGCGUAUAUCUAAAGACAUGGGUUGGCACUGUGGAAGGUGUCCCGCCAAUAAGCGGCGGCGGCGGCAGCGGGUUUGUCUCAAACGCCCGAUUCAUCAAUUUCACCAUGGAUGGUGUCGGUACUACGACAUCUAUUGACCAGUUGUGGGAGGGGAAUAGCUCGGACAUCCCGUCGAAGAUGAAGAUCAGCAAUCUCACCUGGGAGAACUGGUCCGGAAGCUCGUCGAGCCCUACGCUUGUCAACCUUGACUGCAGUCCCACCAGCCCUUGCGAGAAUCUGACGUUCAUAAACUUCGAUGUGACUGUGCCGCCGGGAGACACCGCUCAAUUCAACUGUAGCAACACAAUCAACGUGACGGGAAUUUCGUGCUGA